AUGGACACAUCUUCAAAGCGACGUGGGUUCAACCUUCCUCCUGAGUGUCAGCAGGGGCGUAUCCGGGCAGUAGAGGUGGCCAGAGGAAGAACUGGGUAUGGAUUUACUCUGUCGGGUCAAAGUCCUUGUGUUUUGAGCUGCAUCCUAAAGGGCAGCCCUGCAGAUUAUGUGGGGCUGCGAUCUGGAGACUACAUCCUCUCUGUCAAUGAUAUCAAUGUAUCAAAAGCUUCGCAUGAAGAUGUUGUGAAGCUCAUUGGCCGUUGUUCUGGGGUCCUGAAGUUGGUCAUUGCUGAAGGGGAAAGACCAAAAAGUCAACAUCACAGACGCAAUGUAGGCAGCCGGCACCAUAGCAGCAAUAAUAUGGCUGCAGCUUUCGUGGACUCCUGUUCCAGUGAUGACGAGUUGGACUAUUUUUACGAUAACAGCAUGAACAACAACAACAAUAGCAGCAGGUCUGGGGCCAGAGCUGGAUGGUACAAGCCCAAAACGGAAGCAGCAUCUAAGGGCAUAAACCGAGCUGAGAGGGUAGUGGCUGAACUGCAAUCUGGGGGAAUUUUUAACAUGAUCUUUGAAAAUUCCAGCCACUCAUCAAGCAGCUCAGACAAAGAGAGGGUUGCAACCAAAUCCAAACCACGUCCACUUUCUGAUACCGAGUACCCUCCUUAUCAUGCACGUUCCCAAAGCAACCCGAACUUACUGUCUGAAGAGGAGAUGGCCCAGGUUAUCAAUGACGAUGCCUUUUUUCUGGAUACAGACUUGAGAGAUCUUCACCUACUUCAGCAAGACGGGGACCGAGUUGACCUUGGCCUAGAGUCCAACGAGGGUAUUCUGAAUGUAGGGAUGAUUGUUGGGUAUCUUGGAUCAAUUGAACUUGCGUCCACAGGUGCUAGUCUAGAGAAUGACAGUUUACAGGCCAUCAGAGGUAGCAUGAGGAGACUGCGAGCUGAGCAGAAGAUUCACUCUUUGGUAAUGAUGAAGGUCAUGCAUGACAGUGUCCGUCUGUGCAAUGACCGAGGGCAAGUCUUGGCUACAUAUCCCGCAGAAAAACUCGCCUUUAGUGCAUGUUGUCCGGAUGAUCGGAGAUUCUUUGGGCUGGUCACGAUGCAGGCCUCAGAUGACCUGGAUGACCGGUACUUUAACACAAACAGAGAAGACGAGAGUGGUUUGCGGACCUCCUGUCAUGUUUUUAUUGUGGAUCCAGAACUCUGUCAGCACCAGGUGCACUUGGGUGUUGCCUGCAGGUUUGGCUUUGAGUGCACCCCAGACCCUGACACAGGAGGCUGCCUUGAGUUUCCUCCAAGCUCCCAGCCUCUUUUACAGUUUGUUUCUGUCCUGUAUCGAGACAUGGGAGACAAUAUUGAAGGUGUUAGAGCUCGAGCCUUUCAUGAUCCAGACAACGACGCCCAACAAAACCACAGCACAAGCAGCAACAGCGACAGUGGCAUCGGAAACUUCCUACCUGAGGAGAAGAGCAAUAGGGUUCUCUUAGUUGACCUCGGAGGACCUCCUGCUAACAACUAUGUGCCUGGGCCGCGUCACUGGGACAGUCCUCCAUCCUCACAGCAGGCAUGGAGCCCCACUCUCGGAGCAGCGGCGCACCCACCUCCUCCUGUGGCGCUAAGGAACGGUCACUAUCGUCAUGAGUCACACCUGGCCGAUCUCCCUCACCCGCUGCCCCUGUCACAUCAUGAAGUGUCCCGCAGAGGGGUCCACCCACACCACUUCCCUGCAGGGAUACGGGGAGGAGCAGUGGGAGGUGCCGUGGGUGGAGGGGCGGAGCCUCAGCGAUGGCUACCAGUCCAUGUGUUGAGGGACUGGCGGCAGCAGCCCCACCUCGGCCUGAGCAGCGAUCAGGAGUCCUAUGCCGAGUCUACGGACGGGUGGUCUUCAGCAAACUGCAGCACACUGCCCCCACCCAUGAGUAAGAUCCCAGCUGACCGCUACAGAGCCCCGCUAGCCUCUGGGGACCACCUGUCACCUCAGCCUCCACCUCCACAGUCCCACAGCCACCGGCUGGCUGCGCAGAAAGAUGAGUGGGCAAAGAAGUUGUUUGGGGACAGGGACAGACCUGUGGCUGAGAGAGGGGAGCGAGAAAAGAAAAGAGGAAACAUCAAGGACGGAGAGAAAAAGGGCAGUCGGUUUCGUGGCCUGACAAUGGGUUUUCCUCCGCUGCCGCAGCGCUCACCGGCCCGGCGCUCCUCGGCACGCCGCUCCUUUGGGCGCUCCAGACGUCUGAGCCUGGCCCGCUCCCUGGACGACCUGGAGUCUGCCGCAGUCUCCGAUGGAGAGCUGAACAGUGUGGAGCUGCAGGGCUGCAGCAGUGACAACAGCCUGAAUAGUAAUGCCAGUCUGCCCAGCGUCCAGAGCCACCGCCGCCACACCGACCGCAGAGUGGCGAGCUGGGCCGUGUGCUUCGAGCGGCUGCUGCAGGACCCUGUGGGAGUGCGAUACUUCUCGGAAUUCCUCAAGAAGGAGUUUAGUGAGGAGAACAUCCUGUUCUGGCAGGCCUGUGAGUUCUUCAGUCAUGUCCCUGAGAAUGACAAGAAGCAGCUGUCUCAGCGUGCCAGAGAGAUCUACAACAGCUUCCUCUCAAGUAAAGCUACGACUCCGGUGAACAUAGACAGUCAGGCUCAGCUCGCUGAUGAUAUUCUCAAUGCCCCACGACCCGACAUGUUCAAGGAGCAACAACUGCAGAUCUUUAAUCUAAUGAAGUUUGACAGCUACACCCGGUUCCUGAAGUCCUUGCUGUAUCAAGAGUGUAUGCUGGCAGAGGUGGAGGGCAGGCCCCUCCCAGACCCCUAUCACAUCCCCAGCAGCCCCACGUCAAAGCACAGCACCACAGGCUCCGACCGCUCCAACCUCUCCACUCCUAAGAAGGAAGACAAAAAGAGCAAGUCUGGCCGCUCUCUGAAUGAGGAUAGUCGUGAUGAUACAGGAGAUAGGAAGAAGGGCAUGUUCUUCUCCUGGUCACGCAAUAGGAGCUUUGGGAAAGGGCCAAAGAAACGAGAGCUGGCCGAUUUCAACUACAAUUAUUCUGGGAGCAAUGGACGCAGAGAAUCUCAGGGCUCUCUCUCAUCGGGAACAAGUUUAGAACUUGGGACAUCUGGAUCAGGAAAGAAUGAGGUGGAUACCUCUCGAGGUGCUGAGCGAGGAGGCAGCAGCGCCCCCUUGAGGCAGUGCAACAUAAGCUUGCCGGACGGCUCGUGUUGCUCUGUGCCCCUGAGGUCCGGAGUGUCUAUCAGAGAUCUGAUGCUGGGGCUCUGUGAGAAGCUUUGCAUUAAUCUGGCAGCUAUAGACCUCUUUCUGGUGGGGGGCGAAAAGCCAUUGGUUUUGGACCAAGACUGUAUGACACUGUGUUCUCGUGACCUACGUUUAGAGAAACGCACUCUUUUCAGACUUGAUCUAGUCCCUAUUAACCGUUCGGUGGGUUUAAAGGCAAAGCCCACCAAACCUGUGACUGAGGUUCUACGGCCUGUGGUCGCCAAAUACGGCUUGCACCUUCCAGACUUAGCUGCAUAUAUUAGCGGGGAGUCAGAGCCGUUAGAUUUAGGUCUUCCUAUAUCCAAUCUGGAUGGACUACGAGUGGUAUUAGAUGUAGCAGAUAAGUUUCCUGGGAAAGAUAAACAGAAAGUAGGGCCUGCAAAGAGCCACACUCCUGCGUCAACUGUCAGAAAUCAAUCAACAACAGGGGAGGACGGGCCUUCAGGGAAAGCCAGUUCAGCCCAUUCCCAUGGGGAGAAUGGCAAAGCUCGGCCAAGCUCUGAUACAAGCUGUCCGCCCUUACCCAACCACUCUGUGUCUCUUCUUAAGGCUCCGGAGAAAAGAAAGCAGAAAAAGAUUAAUAUAGAUGAAGCUGAAGAGUUCUUCGACCUCAUAUCCAAAGCUCAGAGUAACCGAGCAGACGACCAGAGAGGCCUGCUAAAUAAGAGUGACCUGCAGCUCCCUGACUUCCUACGUUUGUCGCCAAUGGAACCCAGUAGCUCCACCCCCAACUCCUGUCACCCUAACAACGGCAGCUUCCCCAUUAGCGGUCGCCGUGGCAAUAAGGUCGACGGCAGUGACAAAGGUGGAGGGGGUGCACACUUGCUCAAUGCGAGCCAUCAGUCCCAGAGCCUGGACUCAGCGCUGACCAAUGACAGGGGAGGAAGGAGGAGAGGCAGAGCUCCUCCCCUGUUCCCCGACUCCAUGUCCCCCAUCCAGGCGCCACAGGGCAAUCAGCGACACUCCGCUCUGCUGCCGGACUCACACAGGGGGGAGUCUGUGUACAUGCUGGAGGAGGACGCCCUGUCGGAUCUGACUCUUGUGGGAGAAGGAGACAUAGACAGCCCCAGCCUCAACUACGUCACUCCCUCCUCUCUGCAGUGCAAACCCCUGCCACACACUCCACACCAGGCACAGGACACUAGGCCCAGCUCAGGCAAAGACCGAGACCGCUGGAAAGGAAACAGUGGAGAUUCAAGGGUUCCCAAUCGGAGAACCGCAUCCAAGCCCACCCCAGCGUCUUCCUCGCCUGCUCGCCCACAGCGUGCCCCUGUCCGCUCCCGACGCAAGUCCAAGUCCCCCUUGUCCAGAUCCCACGCAGCAAAGCGGGCCCUGGAUCUGGACCGGAUCGGGAACUCCUCCGACCCUGAAGACCAACGCAGGCCCACGCACAGAGGCUCAAGGGACCUUCGAAAUCACCAGCGGGACCCAGACCUGGACAAGAAGUGGGAAGGUGUUGCCCUGGAGUUAAGAGGGCGCGGCGGCAGGAUGAGGUCAGCGGUGUACCAGACUUCAGAAGAACCGUCCAUGGUCCAAGCCAAGAGACAUCCAGACCCAAAGGAGGUCAAGGGCCAUGCUGCGAGGGCCACGUUUGUUUAG